AUGGAAUCAAAUAAAAAAUCCGGGGAUGGAUUGACCGGCACACAGAAAGAAGCUGUCCUUCGCACUUUAAUUCAGCGCACAGGAUAUAGUUUGAUUCAGGAAAAUGGUCAACGAAAAUACGGAGGGCCACCACCAGAUUGGGAUGGACCACCACCAGAACGAGGCUGUGAGAUUUUCAUUGGAAAACUUCCCCGAGAUCUCUUUGAAGAUGAACUUAUUCCAUUAUGUGAAAAAGUUGGUAAAAUCUAUGAGAUGCGGAUGAUGAUGGAUUUCAGUGGAAACAACAGGGGAUAUGCCUUUGUAACCUUCUGCAAUAAACAAGAGGCAAAGAAUGCAAUCAAGCAACUGAACAAUUAUGAAAUUCGGGACGGUCGGUUACUUGGUGUUUGUGCCAGUGUGGACAACUGCCGCUUAUUCGUAGGAGGAAUUCCAAAAGCCAAGAAAAGGGAAGAAAUUUUAGCCGAAAUGCGGAAAGUGACGGAGGGUGUGGUUGAUGUCAUUGUGUACCCCAGUGCAGCUGAUAAAGCAAAAAACCGGGGGUUUGCUUUUGUGGAAUAUGGAAGCCAUAGAGCAGCAGCUAUGGCAAGACGAAAACUGCUCCCAGGACGGAUACAAUUAUGGGGACAUCCGAUUGCUGUAGAUUGGGCAGAACCAGAAGUUGAGGUUGAUGAAGAUACAAUGUCAUCCGUUAAAAUCCUCUACGUGCGAAAUCUUAUGUUAUCUACUACUGAAGAAACAAUUGAAAAAGAAUUCAACAACAUUAAGCCAGGUUCAGUGGAACGUGUGAAGAAAAUUAGAGACUAUGCAUUUGUGCACUUUAAUAAUCGAGAAGAUGCUUUGGAAGCCAUGAACAUCUUAAAUGGCAAGGUGUUGGAUGGCUCUCCCAUUGAAGUCACAUUAGCAAAGCCAGUUGACAAAGACAGUUAUGUUAGAUACACCAGAGGUACAGGGGGACGAGGAGCAGCAUUGCCAGAAUUUACUUACACCUUUGGCCAUGUCUAUGAUCCUGCCACAGCUUAUCUAGGAGCUCCAGUUUUCUAUGCACCACAAGCCUAUGCUGCCAUUCCCAGCCUUCAUUUUCCUGCUGCUAAAGGCCAUCUCACCAACAGAGGCAUUAUUAGGCCUUCAUCCAUUAGAGAAAUUUACAUGAAUGUACCUGUAGGGGCUGCUGGAAUUAGAGGACUAGGCGGUCGAGGCUACUUGGCUAACCCUGCCCUGGGUCGUGGAUACCAGCUGAAAGGAGAAAAAAGAGGGGAGGACAAACUCUAUGACCUUUUGCCUGGAAUGGAGCUUACGCCAAUGAAUCACGUCAGUUUAAAGCCACAAGGAAUUAAACUUGCUCCACAGAUAUUAGAAGAAAUCUGCCAGAAGAAUAACUGGGGACAACCUGUUUACCAACUUUAUUCUGCCGUUGGACAAAACCAAAGACAACUCUUCUUAUAUAAAAUCAAUAUCCCUGCCCUCGCCACUCAGAAUCCUACAAUACAUCCCUUCACACCACCAAAGCUAAGUGCCUAUGUAGAUGAAGCCAAAACAUAUGCAGCAGAACAUACUCUUCAGACACUGGGGAUUCCCACUGAAGGAGCAGAAAACUCUGCCACUAAUGUACCGUUUCCUGGAUAUAUUGCUAACACAGCUGCCACUGUCGCAGCUACCCAGCUUAAGCAAGCAGUGAAUCUAGGACAAGAUUUGACAACCUAUACAGCUUAUGAAGCAUAUCCAGCCUUUGCGGUAGCUACUCGUAAUGACGGUUAUGGAGCCUUUUAA